AUGAGGGUCUUCUCGGUUCCGUGGAUACACCAUGAAGGCGACACAUUCUACUCGAUCGACAUCAGCCCGGUGACCGGAAAGAUUGCGACCUCGGGCCCUGAUGGAAUCAAGGGGGCCGUCCGUAUCUGGAAUUCAUACGCUAUCGGGCGUGAAGACGAGAAUCCGAGGCCACCAAUGAUGUUGAGCUCACUGGAAUUUGAUAAGCAUGUGAAUUGUGUCCGGUGGUCCCGGGAUGGGCAGCAGCUGGUUUGUGGCGAUGAUGCACAUGUGGUGUCGGUUUGGACGUUCGCGGGCGGCCUGCAGUCAGCAGGGACAAUCGGAAAGCGACAGGCGCUUUUGGAGCGCUAUGAACGACGGCACGUCAUGAAUUUUCAUAGAAUGGAGGUAUCGGCAGUCGAAUGGUCGACCUGCGAGCGCUAUAUGGCUUCUGCGUCUAUCGACGGGCUGGUGGUGAUCUGGAAUGCGAAGUCUCUCCCCGAUCGUGUUGCCGUGCUCGACCGGAAAGCUGAAGGGCACACCGGACAUGUGAAAGGUCUUUCCUGGGAUCCGAUCGGCACCUAUCUGUGCACCCACUCGAACGAUAAGACGUUAAAAGUUUGGCGAACCGAGACGUGGAAGCUAGAUGCGACUAUAAAAACACAUUUUGAAGAAAGCAUUCCUUCCAUGUUUUCCCGUCCCGACUGGACCCCGGAUGGUAGUUUUAUGAUUGUUCCGAAUGGCUGCAAUCAAUCGAUGCCCUCAUGCGAGAUCAUCACCCGCGGCGACUGGGACAAGCCGCGCUCCUUUAUCGGCCACCGGAAGCCGGUCACCGUCGCGAAAUGCUGCCCCCGAAUGUUUCACUACAAGGAUGAGCAAGGCAUUCGAAGGGAGAUCAACUUGGUCGCGCUGGGCUCGAUGGACCAGACACUGACACUUUGGGCCAUUCCGUGGACAACUCGACCCCUCGUUAACCUUCAAUCGAUCGCAACGCAAUCAAUCAUCGACCUGGCCUAUUGUCUCUCCGACCUGUACGUCGUCUCCAAAGACGGCCGACUGAUCGUCGUCAAGUUGGAAAGCGCCGAGUUCGGCGACAUGUUCACGCUGGACGAUAUGGCCGAGACUUGCCAGAAAUUGUACAAGAAAGUCCCACCCCGAUACGCAGAAAUGGCCGCGACGCCAAAGAUUGUCCGACAAGAAAAUUUCGAGGCCUCCGCUUUGCGCUCAGGUGCGGUCUCGCAGCUCUCGGCGGAAAGAAUGGACAUUGGCGACGUUUCGAUGAUGUCUGAUGGGAAUACAAUGCCUGGCCGCGACAAACAAAUCAAUACCAAAGACGAAAAAGGACGCCGGCGUGUGCAGCCCGUCUUUAUGGCGUCGCUGAACGCCCCGCCGUUGGGCCCGACGACGUUCGCCAUACCGAGUCCGAGAAAAUUACCAACUUCCCCGGUCAAGCGCAUCGAAAAGAUGGAGGUGGACAACACGAUCGUCUCGAAGAGCGUGGCCAGGCCGGCUUCCCCGGAAAGCGCCCGCCCGCCUAAGCGAAAGCGGAUCAUCUCGGAGACGGACGAGUCGGAGCAGGAAGAGGAGAUCUCGGCGCCCGUCAAGCCGCACUUUGACAAAAGCGCUAUACUCGCCGCGGAUUUCAAGAAGCCGGUCCUCCGCGUGCUCGACGCCCCAGGCCCGCUACGCGCUGUCGACGGGGCGCUCACGAUUCCGGACGUGAAGAAGACGCUCACGGAAAAGUUUGCGCCAAACGAGGUGCUGGAGGUGGAAAACGACAGCUUGGUGAGCGCGCUGGCUGGGAAGGGCGCUCGAAUCGCGAGGAUCCAAAAUGGCACGACGAAAUGGACACGUUACGCGGUGCAGACGGUCGUCGUCGUCGCUUCCAACAAGCAAUACGUCGUGACGGGCGGCAUCGAUCGGGAUAUUCAAAUCCUUAACGCCGACACCGGACGAUUGCUGAGAAAUAUAACAAUAGACGCGGUCCCGGUUCGCGUCGGCGUGCAAAAACAUUUCGUUUUCGCACUCACGGCAAGCGGCACAUUCCACUCAUGGAAUGCGCGCGACUUGGUGAGGAUGCUGGACCGUGUGCCGGUGUUGCACCUGAUACGAGGAGAUGACCCCACCAUAUCGUCGGUGACCCUCUCGGAAAUCGGUACGCCGUUGAUAGGCCUCUCUACCGGCCACCUUUAUAGCUACGAUGCGGGCGAUUGGCUGCUGAUCGAUCGCGGGCCCAGCGUGCUGACGCGCUGCUUCGGCGGCAUCCCUACCGGUGAAUUCCGCGCCGGCAUCAUCGCCAAUCGACUCAAGAAGCGUCUAAACACGGAUUUGGCCCCAGACGUCCCCGCGCACCGACGCGACCUCUGCAAGCAGGCGGCGCUCGAGGAUAUGAUGAACGGCCUGCGGAAUCUGGGGACUGCCAACGACUACAAGGACGUCUGCAAGCUCUACGUUCGACUACUGAUUCAAAAGCGAAGCGAGGCAAAACUGCAAGAGCUAAUCGACGAGCUUCGCCGCUUCCCGAGAACCGACGGCACCAUCUCCGAGGUACAGGAUAUGCUCAAGGCCGACAAGCACUUUGCCUACCUCGCCGAACCAAGCCCCAAACUCCCGCGCACCCUUUUC